GCCACAGCGAUAUUUGCCACAAUGGACGUAGCUUACGGUGCCGGCCCCGUCAGGGUAGCAUUGGCAGGGCUGGACUGAGCAGGAACUCUGAGCAUCUCGUGCUUCCGCGGCUUUCAAUUGCUUGACCAAGAAAUGGAACUCUUUUAUAGAUACUCUUUUAGAGUCAUAGCUGCUUUGGUAGCGGUGCUGGCUAUCGAGUAUGGAAUUGUUCAUCGCAUUUCCCUCGACGCCAUGAAGCGCAGCGAUGUUGGACUUUCUCAGUGGAGGCAUCUCGUCCCAAAUUGCAACUGCACUGACUGCGAUGUGCAAACAUGGACGCUUAUCCAUGAUGGCCUCUACCAGCGGGCCUACUCUGCACAUCUAUUGCACCGGGUUCUCGCAAUCAGUUCAGAGGACGGAGAUCCUUAUGAGGCGUUUGAACCAUCGACUGACGACAUAACUGACGCGGAGGGGGCCGCUGACGGUUCACCCAGCGAUGCUAAUGCCUCGUCAACAGGCCUCGUGCCCUCGCCCGCCGAAAGCCCCGGCGUACCCUACGCGUACGCCCCAGGCGAUAUGCUGUCCACGCCUCUUUCCAUACUAUCAACCGACGAGCUCCACGCAUCCACCAACGGUGGCCAUGCCGGCGUGCCUGCUCUGCUCGCACCCCCAACUAGCUCCGAAUCCCAAACCCCGCAGCCCCUGCAACAACCAACAUCCUCCGCAUCAUCAUCCUCGCAGCAGCAGCAGCAGCGUGCCUACACCAGCGGCACCGGGCCCUCCGAGGCAGCAGACGCGCAGGGCUCCCCCCGGCUGCUGCAGGCCGUCGUAUGGCAGCACGGCAAGGUGCUCUCGCUCUUCCCCUGGCAGCUCCGAUCGCACUUCUUCCUGUCCCUCACCUCCACCCGCUUGUACCUGCUCAUGGGGCUCUGGCCGCGCACACCCGCGGUAGUGGCGGCCGCACCCAGGCGCCUGCGCCAGCAGUACCAGCAACCCCAGCAACCCCAGCAGCAGCAGUCGCACGGGACUACGCCACCAUCCGCUGCAUUUCCUGGCAGCCCCGGCGGCGCUACAGCAGCAGCGGCAGCAGCGGCAGCAGCAACGCAGCACUCUGGCCACCAUCAGGCCAUGCAUGCGACGGGGGCGGCGCUGAACCCGCCGUACGGCAGCGGCGGCAGCAGCCCGUACGGCAGCAACAGUGGUGCUGGCUCGUCAGGAGGAGGCGUGUACGACAGCACCGUGCAUCCACACCCGCAUGCUCAGGCUCAGGCGACAGCGCAUGCCUACGCGCAGCAGUACGCCGUCACGCAUGGAGGAGGAGCGUACGACGGGAACAUGUACGGCGGGUUGUACGGAUUGGGUCGUACGGCAAUGGACGAGAGCCAGAGCCUGGCUGCGGCGCUUGCUGCCAUGGGUCGCGGCGUGCCUGUGUUCCUGCCGCCGGAGAUGCUUGUGGAGCACGGAGUGACGGAGGACCUGAUGGCCAGCUGCGUGUUCAAGCCAGCUGUACGACAUACACCUGGGGGCGGCGGUGCGGCCGGAGGCGGCGGCGGCGGUGGCGGCGAUGGAGGCGGUGCGGGCCUAGGUCGGCCCGGGGUGUCCCGCUGGCGCGAGUGGCCCUCCCUGCUGGGCCGCUGGGUGGCGCGGGUGGCGGGGCACAUCGCGCAGCAGGGCGGCAGAGCGGCCGCGAAGCUGCGGGGCGGCGGCAGCGGACCACUGACCGCCGCCGAACUUGCCGCAGGGAGCGCUGAUAGCGAGGUGCUGGACACUAGCAGCGGCUCAAUGGGAGCUCCCUCUCCCCCGCCGCCGUCGCAGCAGCAACAACAACAACAACAACAACAGCAGCAACCUGGCGCGGCCAGCGCAACCACUUCCGCCUCCUCCACGUCGUCACCGCAACCUCCGCCUCCGCAGCAUGCCUACGUGGAGUGCCGGCUGUACCGCACCGACCGCCCUCGCAACGUGUCGUACACCUGCCCCGCCGUACUCACCGUCCUUCCAUCUCCACCUCGCAGCGGUGUGGGCUCGCGCUUGUUGCGCACGUUUGGAGGCAUCGGCGGCGGCGGCGGUGGCGGCAGUAGUAGCAGCGGCCCCGCUGUUACUGCUUCUGCUGCUGCAUCUGGUGCUGCUGCAUCACCAGGCGGAUAUUAUCAGCAGCAGCACAAUCCCCACCAGCAGCCGCCCUCACGACCGCAGCAGCAGCAGCAGCGGCCACGUCACCACCACCAGCAACCGCAGCGGCUGCUACGGCGGCUUUGGUCGGACGCACGCUACCUGGUGACAUGCGCCCUGGUGCCGUACAAGUGGGCUCCCAUCCUGGCCGGCCUGCUGAGUCCGCACUUCUUCCUGCUGGCGUGUCUGCCGGCGGUUCGGGCGCUGGGGCUGAUGGGUCCCUUCACGGUCCGGCUGUGCGCCUACCAUGCAGUAUGUAUCCUGCUGACCGCUGCGGACCACCUGCUGCUGCUGCGCCUGGCCGCCGAGCUGUUGACCCGGCUGCGGCGCAGGCAGCAACAGCCGUUGCAGCUGCAGCAGCAGCAGCUGGGGCAGGAGGGAGCAGCAGCGGCGGGUAAUGGCGGCGGUGGGGGUGGUGCCGGGAGGCGGCAGCAGCGGUUGCGGCCGGUGUUGCGGUACGGCAAGUGGCUGCUGGUGGACGGAUUCAUAUCCAGCGGCUGGGGAUUCAGGGUGGUUGUGAUGGGUAUCCUGGCCUCCAAGCAGGUGGAGCUCUGGAACCACCUGUACGGCACCUCCUUCCAGCCGCACCCGCUGCUGUCGGCGGUGCUGGUGCUGCCGGUGGGCUGGCUGGCGGCGUGCGGCGGGUGCAGCGCGGUGUGGCGGCUGGCGUGCGGGGGACAGCCCACCUCGGGGCCGCUGCUGCUGUUCCAGGAGGGCUUCCUGUCCGGCCUCUCCUCGCCCCUCUACUCCCUCGUCUACAUCUCCUUCGCGGUGCUGGGGCUGGGGCUG